CCGCCGAGCGCUCAAAAUCCGUGACGAUAACUAUACCUAAAGUAUGAAGUAAGAUGGGUCGAUGACAUAGUAAAGGUCUCGGGUCUGUCUGUCAGUCUUUAUGUGGCUGGCACAGGACCGUAGAAAUUGGCACGAGAAAGCCUAUGCUCAGCAGUAGGAGGACAAAGGCUGUGGAUGAUUAUGAUGAAAACAUGAGGCCUCCAUAAACAGUAAACACAUGCGUGUUUAUCGGGAUAGCCCGAAGAGUUUCGGAUGGAAUGGAGUCCUUAACUCGUAGACUCGAGACUCAAGAUUCGCGGCCAGCGCCGCGCAUAUCGCGGCAGCCGUCUCCGGUUAAGGUCGGAAGUAUCAGUCUAUCCCGUUAAAUACGUGUGCGUAAAUUUUCAUUUAAAAAAUAAUAUCCUACGGACCGAUUUCGACUGUGGCGACUAGUGUUACUGGACGUCAGCCAACUGUACAAGACAUAAUACUGUACAACCAUGUGCCCAAACACAUGUGUACUCUCACAGGGAUAAGCAAAAAGAUUCAUCGAUAUCAUGCACGUCUUGUCAAUGGCCCUCUCUGUUUCGUCACAAAUCUCAAGAGGUGUUCCAUGUCCUUAAAUUCGAUUUCGCUACACACGGCUUAUUCUUUUCAAGUUGUAAUUGUAGUAUAACAGUAAUCAGGUCAUUAGGUCACGCCAACAAUUGGACCGUUGUUGUUCCUGACGUAACUUGCUGUUCUCAUCGGCGAGUUUUUAUUUUACCCAUUUUAUUUUAGUUAAUUUCUUGACAGACGUCAGUCAUAUUUCAUGCCCGGAUUACACUCGCUACAAAACGAAAAUGAUUCCUCAGGAACAUAAAAUCGGGAUAAGAACUAUCGUAUGUGUUAAUCCUGGUAAUAUACCACCUGUGUACCAAAUUUCGUUCCAAUCGGUCGUCCAGUGGUCAGUUCAUACAAAGAAACAUUAAUGUUUGUAAUUAAGUUUAGUGGGUUUGGCGGUCAAAGUUAAACAUCGAUGUUAUUGUAGCAGUUAAGAUAAGUCAAACCAAUCCAUGAAGUUCGUUAAAUGUCUCAUUAUCACUAUUUGUAUGGUUAGUAGGUACUAAAUAUAUCGUGUACAAAAACAUGUCAAUAAGAAAGCGAUAAGACAUCGUUACAAAUUGCUUGUACGUCCGUUAUCAAAUUACAGAUGUGUCGAGGGUCAAUUUAAACGUUAACUAUGCUGUAGGCAAACUUACAAACCGGUCAUUUAAGAAAAGUUCCAAUUUGGAAUCAAGUGACGUUUGUAAUAGUCAACACGUAUCGAAUUGGUUUUCGUUAUUGAACUGUUUCUUUUUUCCCUCGUUUUUAUAUACUGACGUUUCUUUGUCGUUCCGGUAAGAUUUUUGCUACUGAAUUUUAAGACAGGCUGAAAUUUUCAGGGUAGCUUCAAACCCUAUGACAAUCCAAUUACAAAUUUAAAACGGCUAGACUGAUUCUGAUAAAAUUUGAAUGGAGUGACAUUUAAUAACCUUUGUUUAGCAAUAACCUUUGGAUAGCGCAUUUACUAAGGAAGGCUAUAUAAUAUAAACCAGUAGACUUUAGAUUUGACCAUUAGAUUAAGAGGAGGAGAAUAGUAAUUGAACAUGUUACAAGAACGGGAAUAAGUUGUGUCCGCUCUGAAAGUAACUUAAAUCUUUUUUAGUAUUGUAGGGAGCUGGGGUCUGACAUAGGUUUAAACGACUGUAUUAUUGAAGUUAGAACAGUAACCAUUACUUUGAAUCUCUGUCUUAAUAACGGUGAACGUAAAUGGUCAUAAAAAUAAAAACAUUAAGACCCUUUUCAGGCACAGCUGAAAGGUGUAGAAGAUGGAAAUAAUUAUUUUACAAGUAAAAUCUAUUUUUAUAUUAUUUCAAAUGAUACAGUUACGGUAUACGGUACGAAAAUAAUAGUUAGGCAUUUUUUUCCUUUGACUAAAUUCGAAUUCAAACUGCAACGGUUACUGUAGUACACUUGCACCAUAACACAUUAUGUCAGUCUGUGUCCGUUGUCGCUAUGUGGCGGUCCAUUCUUUUAACGUUCCUUUUUGGAGCGACUCUCGUCACUGCUCUAAACUUAAAAUAUCUGGACCCUACAAAACUUCAAACAAAAACAUCGGCCCGAGUACAAAAGAAAGCUGCUUUGGAAAUCAUAGCGAAGUACAAUGAAGUGAAUGAUUAUAGUAGCUUGAAUGUAGACGUGCAAUUGGAAAUCGAUCCUAUGUGGUUCAAAGACAAUAAAGAUACCUUUAAAAUAGAAACCUACGAUAGAACACUGAACAUUAAAGCCAGUACCGGUCUAGCUGCAGUCUGGGGCUUUAAUUAUUACAUCAAGAAGUACUGGAAGAGUCAGAUUGAAUGGCAAUCGAAACGCAUACAAGUGCCGAUGGAUAUAGUCGAAGUUAAUGAAACUGUUGUCGCUAACGAUAGAUUUCGCUACUACCAAAACGUGUGCACCGCUUCCUAUAGCUUCGUAUGGUGGAACCUUGACGACUGGAUGAAGCAUGUUGAGUGGAUGGCUCUGAACGGCAUUAACCUUUCACUAGCCCCCGUAGCUCAAGAGGCAGCUUGGCAACGUAUCUACCUCCAGCUAGGCAUGACACAGGAUCAAAUCGAUCGGCAUUUCACGGGCCCAGCAUUUUUAUCCUGGCUUCGAAUGGGCAAUGUUCAUGGUUGGGGCGGUCCCUUACCUAACUCUUGGCAUGUUCGACAAACAGAGAUACAGGAGAAUGUCACGAGAACUAUGCUUAAUUUGGGUAUUGUGCCAGUUCUACCCGCUUUUAAUGGUCACGUACCAGUCUCGUUUGCGAAACUGUUCCCUAACUCCACUUUCCAUAGAGUAGAACAGUGGAAUAAGUUCGGCAGCGAGUAUUGUUGCGGUCUUUUCUUGGACCCUUCAGAUCCACUGUUUUCUAGAAUCGGUAACAUGUUUCUAAAGGAAGUUACGAAAGGAUCCACACAACUUGCUCACAUAUACACAGCUGACCCCUUUAAUGAAGUAAAACUAUCUGAAUUUUCAACUGCUAUGGUUCAGGAGACAGCAACAAAAAUAUUCUCAACACUAUCGGACUUCGACAAAGAUGCAGUAUGGCUGUUGCAAAAUUGGAUGUUUGUGUCUGCUCCCAUACUGUGGCCAGUGAAGAGGGUACAAGCAUUUAUUAAUUCAGUACCUAAUGGCAGGAUGCUUAUACUUGACUUGCAGUCAGAGCAGUGGCCUCAAUACGAUCUUUACGAAAUGUAUUUCGGACAACCGUUCAUUUGGUGCAUGCUGCAUAAUUUUGGUGGUACAUUGGGAAUGUUUGGUAAUAUGGUAACUGUAAACAGAGACGUUUACGAGGUAAGGUCUCGAAUGAACAGCACAAUGAUCGGGGUGGGGCUCACACCAGAGGGCAUCAACCAAAACUAUGUGGUUUAUGAUCUGAUGCUGGAGUCAGCCUGGCGCAAGUCUCCUGUGCAGGACCUCGAAGCUUGGGUAGCUGACUAUGCCGAACGACGAUACGGAUGCAAAGACGCGGGAGAAGCUUGGAAGUACCUGCUCAAAAGUGUUUACAGCUUUAACGGAAUAAACAGAGUGCGCGGCAAGUACGUAGUCACACGUCGACCAAGUUUUAGAAUAAAACCAUGGGCUUGGUACAAAAGCUAUGAUUUAUUUAUGGCAUUCCAAAAGUUGCUGUUUGCUACCAAUUGUUAUAGCGAUGGAUAUGUUAUAGAUUUGAUAGACGUGACACGCCAAGCUUUGCAGUACAGAGCAGAACAACUCUACAUAAACGUUGUAAAUGACAGAUACACGAAUGCAUUUGUUUUCGAGUCGUCCGUCAAUCGGUUUCUAGGCGCUCUUUAUGAUAUGAGCAGUAUAUUGUCAUAUAGCGAUCAAUUUUCACUCCGUAUUUGGGAAGAGAAAGCCAUGGAAUUGGGCAACAAUACGAACGAAGCUGACUUAUACGCUUUUAAUGCUCGGAAUCAAAUCACGUUGUGGGGACCGAACGGCGAGAUUUCAGAUUACGCCUGUAAGCAAUGGUCGGAGGUAUUUGAUCAAUAUUACUAUCAGAGGUGGUCCAUGUUUCUGUCAGCGGCGGUCAAGGCUAAGCAAGCAGGCGAAGUGUUUGAUGAGCAGGCAACAAGACGAGUCGUGACAGCUAAUGUGGAAGUACCAUUUGCAAGGAUGACUUUUAAAAAUCCUUAUUCCUCCUAUUCUAGCCCCUUAGAAACGGCCAAAGAACUCUAUAAGAAAUGGGUGACCGCACCCGACGUUGAAGACUUACCUAUAAUCAUAAUUAAGUCUGAAUUUAAAGGAAGAACGACGGUACGUUUCGAUGAUGAGACUGAUGAACCGGCUUCAGCGCCAAGUGUUGUCAUGUAUACGAACAGUACUGAAAGUGAUGAACUAUCUUAUCCCUCCGUUGUCAUGUACCCGACUACGCCAGUCAAUUAGUGUCUUUAUUCCAGUAAGAGUUAAGUAUAAAAUCGAAGAUUUUUGUAGUGGGCCUAUCUGCAGUGACUGCUAUACCGCAGGUUACGUUAGUUUGUGGGAUGAGCACGAUCAUUUGUUCUGUGUCUGGGUGUAAUUUAUCUUUAUUAAGUAUGUAU